AUGGAUGUAACUUUUGAAGUGCAAAGAGGAAGAUCAUUCUCAAUUGAAAUAGGGUUCUUUGAUACUAUUUUGGAAAUCAAAGAAAAAGUUCAAAAGUAUCAAGGAAUUCCAAUCUCCAAUCAAACUUUAAUUUUCAAUGGUCAGAUUCUUCAAGACGACGGAGAUAUUUGGAAGUGUGCAAUUUUUCAAAACUCGCGUAUUUAUCUUAUGGUUGCUGCUGCAGAUUCUGAUCAUUCGAAAUUACCAAUAGAUCAUGAUAUCAAAUUUCACCCCAACGACAAAACUCCUUCGUCCAAAUCUCACAUUCCUAUUGAAAUCGAUAAAAAUGAUACCGCCUUAAAGCUUAAAGAAAAAAUUCAUGAUAGUGAUCAAAAUAAUGUUCCGUUCAGCAAUGUCAUGUUGCAUGCAACCGGAACUGAAUUGCAUGAUAAUCAAUUCUUACGCGAUUGUGAUGUUUCAGAUAAGAACGAAAUCGAGGUGAGUUUUAAGCCACAGGUAUCGGAGGCACCUACGGUGGUUGGCGGCGGCGGAGGAGGAACAUCAAAGAAGUUAAAGCUGAUGGUUUUGCCUAAAAGUGGAACAAAGAAAGUAGUUGUUGAAAUGAAUCAUUUUGAUAAUGUUGGAGAAUUGAGGAAAGAGCUUCAUAAAUUAAAUCAAAGGCUUCAAUUUCAUCUUCCACCAGAAGGGUAUUUUUUCAUUUACAAACAAAAUGUUAUGGACGAUGAUAAGUCUUUCCGAUGGCACCAUGUUUGUCAAGGUGAUACCAUUGAAAUCUUUAAUGGUAGUGUCACAGGUGGAUCAUGA